GUUAUUCCUGUGGACGUCAUGCGCAGAGCGGGGGUUUGUACUCGUUAGCAGGACUGACGCAGAUGCUAGGAGUUGUUGUUAGCAACUUUAAUCAAAUCGCUGUGACUGUAGCGGGUCUGACCGGAAAAGAGCCCGUCCAGUGCAGCAGAAACGUGGUCAUCUGUCCCGAUACUAGCUUGGAAGAGGCCAGCAAACAGGGUCCCUAUGAUGUGGUGCUGUUGCCAGGAGGAAUGCCGGGGGCCCAAAACUUAGCAGAGUCCCCUGCUGUGAAGGAGGUGUUAAAGGAUCAAGAUGGUAGAAAAGGCCUGAUUGCAGCCAUCUGUGCAGGCCCUACCGCUCUUUUAGCCCAUGGCAUUGGCUUCGGCAGCACAGUCACAACGCAUCCUGCCAUGAAGGAGAAAAUGAUGGCUGGAGAUCACUAUAAAUAUUCAGAAGCUCGAGUACAGAAGGAUGGACAUUACAUCACCAGCCGUGGACCAGGAACCAGUUUUGAAUUUGCCCUGACAAUCGUAGAAGAACUUAUGGGGGCCGAUGUUGCAACUCAAGUCAAGGCUCCUCUUAUUUUGAAGGACUAAAUGUUUCCACUGUCACCUAAAAAAAGAGGCCUUGCCUCAGUAAUAACUAUUAAAUUCCUUAAACUGUGUUUCACAUAAAACAGUAAAUAUAUUUUUCAGCCCAACUAAGAUUCUGAGUGUUCUUCCUGUGUCAUAGAUGCUUACAAAUGCUUUCAAAACGGAAAUAACACUAAAAUGCAUUCAAGAGCUUUUCAAGCAGUCAACAUGCUCAGCGUAUUUCGACAGUUUAAUGUUUUUCAAACUAGAAAUAAAAGUUGAAAGUGA